AUGAACCACGGCUACCCGCCCCCGCGCGCCAUGGUGCCCCAAGGCGGGCCCAGCCAGCGCCUGAACGAGCUGCUCGACAACAUCCGGACCGAGUUCGAGACCGAGUCGCAGCGCAGCGUCGACUACGAGGGCCAGAUCACCCGUCACAUCCAGGAGAUCGAGCUGAUCCGCAACAAAGUCUACGCGCUCGACACCCAGCACAACCAGAUGAAGGCCAAGUACGAAGACCGAAUCGCCCAGCUCGAGCGCGAACUCGAGCAGCGCGGCGGCCCCAGCCAGAGCGCCCACCACCACGGCCCCUCGCAGCCCCAGCCGCCGCAGAUUGGACACGGGCCGAGCAAUCUCUUCGGCGGCAUCAUGGCAGGCAGCGCCAACCAGGGCGGCCCCGGACUGGCCCCUCCGCCCCAGGACGCCAACCCUCCCCACGGCAUGCCUCCGCAGCUGGGAGGUGGCCCGCAAGGCCCGCCAGGUCUCAACCCUGCGCCGGGCCCGCCACAGCAUUUUGGUGGGUACCAGCCAGGUCCUUCGGCCAACGGUUACGGCCAGCCCCCACAACCUACAGCCUCCCCCAGCGGCGGCAAGCGCCCAGGUCCUCCUCGCGGUCCUCCUGGAGGCCCUGCGACGCCUCAGCAGAACAAUCCAGCGCCCUACCCUGGCUCGCCCCAGGUGCCUCGCCCCACCCCACCCCCCCACCACCAGCAGAAUGCCCUGAUGGCUCAGCACCAGGUCCCGGUGCCCCUGGCCCACAGCAACACCCUGGCCGACUUGGACGUCGAGCAGCUGCCCGCGCACUACAAGAAGGAGGGCGACGACUGGUACGCCGUCUUCAACCCCCGCGCCAGGCGCGUGCUUGACGUGGACCUGAUUCACAAUCUGCCCCAUCAGAGCGUCGUGUGCUGCGUGCGCUUCAGUCUGGAUGGCCGCUACGUCGCCACUGGUUGCAACCGCUCUGCCCAGAUCUUCGACGUCGAAACUGGAAACCCUGUCGCGCACCUCCAAGACGGCAGUCUCCCCGAGGAUGGCGAUCUCUACAUCAGGAGCGUGUGCUUCAGCCCCAGCGGCCAGUACCUGGCUACCGGCGCCGAGGACAAGGUCAUUCGUGUCUGGGACAUUGCCACGCGCACCAUCAAGCACCAGUUCACUGGCCACGAGCAGGACAUUUAUAGCUUGGACUUCGCCCGCAACGGCAGGAUCAUUGCCUCCGGUUCCGGCGAUCGCAGCGUCCGCCUGUGGGACCUCGAGUCCAACUCGCAGAUCGCAAACUUCUCCAUUGAAGAUGGCGUCACCACCGUUGCCAUCUCCCCUGAUAACCUCUUUGUCGCAGCCGGUUCGCUGGAUAAGAGCGUCCGCGUUUGGGACAUUCAGAGCGGACAGCUCGUCGUUCGCCUCGAGGGCGAGUCUGGUCACAAGGAUAGCGUCUACAGUGUUGCAUUUGCUCCUUCAGGCGGUAGACUCGUCAGUGGUUCUCUCGACAAGACUAUCAAGAUGUGGGAGUUGACCACGCCCUCACGCUUCGUGCCCGGAAGCGCCCCCAGUGGCAAAUGCGUUCGCACCUUCGAGGGUCACAAGGACUUCGUUCUCAGUGUCGCGCUUACACCGCACGGCGACUGGGUGCUCAGUGGUUCCAAGGACCGAGGUGUGCAGUUCUGGGACCCUCACACAGGUGUCGCGCAGCUCAUGUUGCAGGGACACAAGAACUCGGUCAUCUCUGUCGCCCCCAGCCCAACAGGUGGCGUCUUCGCUACCGGCUCCGGUGACAUGCGCGCCCGUAUCUGGAAAUUCGACAGGUACAACGGCCCUUAG